UGGUACAAUGAACCCUCUAUCUCAAGAUAAGUGAUUUGGAGUUGGACACGACGAGAUGAAUAGGAUUUUAAGAUCAUCUCUGUCAAAAUUCAGGACAUUGACAUGCGUGUCACAUCCACCCAAAUACAGUCAACAAUAUGUCCACACUACCAGUGUCCAGUACAGCAGUCAGUUGGGAGGCAAGGUGACUGACUACAGUCGCUUUCCAGUGCCAGAACUUAAGGACCUUCCUGAAGACGUAAGGGACCGGCUAACUGAAGUAGAGGAGAAGUCUGGUUUCAUGCCAAAUGUCUUCAAUGCGUUGUCCUAUCGACCUGAUGAUCUACGAUGCUUCAUGAACUAUUAUGAUGUUGUGAUGGGUGACCGAGGUAAUUUGACAAAGGCAGACAAGGAAAUGAUCAUUGUGGCAACAUCCUCUGAAAAUGGUUGUUUGUACUGCAUAAUAGCCCACGGAGCACUGCACAGGAUCUACUCUAAAAACCCACACCAAGCGGACCAGUUGGCAGCAAACUGGAAGACGUCUGACAUUGAUGCCCGACAGUAUGCUAUACUGGACUUCGCUCAGGACCUCUGUCACUGUCGCCCCCUGUCAGAGGAAAAAUUUGAAAACCUGUAUAAACAUGGCCUCACUAAGGAUGAUGCUUGGGAUAUCGGUGCUGUUGUUGCACUGUUUGCCUUAUCUAAUCGUAUGGCCUACCUCACUAACAUGAAGCCUAACAAGGAAUUCUAUCUGAUGGGCAGAGUGAAGCGGGAAAAAAAGGCCUAGAUCAACAUUCAUGGUGUGGUAAAACAUCAUCACUGCGUAACACAUGGAUAAUGGUGGAAGAAUUUCUGAGACCAACGCCAGUUGAAGUUUAAUUUUAGGAAAAUCAUGUCUUGUAUAAAAUGCGAAAUGUUGUUAAAGAACAGUUGUCUCACUACUAAACCAAUAACUUAAUGCUCAAAAAAUGUUUGCAAUACAUUUGAUUAAAUUACAUGGGUAGUCUUUCUGGGAAUUAUGACAUAAUCAGUACCAGGUAUUUUCUGAUAUAUCUGGUAUCAUCAUUCAAAGUUAUCUCAUCCAUUUAGAUGUACAUGUAGUUAGCUUUUCUUAAUCAGUUUAUAUCAGUUUGUAUUCUCCCUAAUAAAGGAGUACACUGUCACAGAAUUCUAUUCACACUUGAGGAAGCUCAAUCUCACAGUAAUUGUAUUCACUAAGAAAUGUAAAGAAGAUUACUCUCACAGUAAUUGUAUGCAUUCAUUUAGAAAAUGCUACGAAUGGAGCUUACUUCACAGUAAAUGUAGUCAUUAAGAAGUGCUAAGAGGGGAGCUUACUCUCAGCAGUUGUCUUCAUUAAGAUACACUAAGAAGGAAGCUUAUACUCACAGAAAUUGUAUUUACUGAGAAGCAUGGAGAAGAGAGCUUACACUCACAGUAAUGGCAUGCACAAAAAAGGGAGAGAACUCGCUCUCACAAAAAUUGUAUUCACAAAUUUCACAGCAAAUUUUAUUCAGUAAAAAGCACCAAGAAGGGAGUUAACUCUUACAGUAGUUGUAUUCACUCCGCAGGGAGCUCAAUCUCACAGUAAGCAUAUACACUAAGUAGUUGUAUUUACUCCUUAGGGAGCUCACUCUCACAUAAAGCAUAUACACUAACAAGGGAGCUUACUUUCACAGCAUUUGUAUUCACUCCGCAGGGAGCUCAAUCUCACAGUAAGCAUAUACACUAAGAAGGGGGCUACAGUAGUUGUAUUCACUCCGCAGGGAGCUCAAUCUCACAGUAAGCAUAUACACUAAGAAGGGGGCUUACUCUCACAGUAUUUGUAUUCACUCCGCAGGGAGCUCACUCUCACAGUAACUGAAUUCACGAAGAAGGAAGAUCACACAUUCAGACGUUAUACUCACUACAAGAGAGUUCACUUUCACAGAAAUUGUAUUCACUCCAUAGUGAACUCACAGAAACUGUAUCCUUUGUAAAAUUGAGCUCACUCUUACAGAAUAGUAUUUGAUUUUGUGGAUAAGCUAUUAUGCCAACAACAGAGAACUGAGAUAAAGCUAUGGCAUUUACAUGGAUUAGCUAUUUUACAACACUGUUGUUGUCUUGGUAACUCACUAUACAAAAAUAUGAACGAAUGAUAAGAUUUCUUGAUAAGUCGGUAUGUUCUUUGGUGUUAAUCGUUUUUUUUUUUAUUUAAUACAUGUUUUAUAUAAGAAAACAAUCAAACAGGGUAUAUAUUGCAAUUUACUUUAUUUGAUGAAAAACGAAAGUGUAACCAAAGUAAAAUAAAAAAACUUGUGAUAUUGUUCUACAUUAAAAGGAGGUAGCUAGACUUAUUUGUGUGUAAAUUUUUAAGGAAUAGUUUUCUGUAAAUGUACACAAGAUAUUUGAACAGUAAAUUACAUCCAAAUAGAUAGAUUUUAUACAGCCCUUCAGUUGUUGACAUUUGUCUCUGUGAACUUGCUUAUUUUGAGUUGUCUACCAUGAGCUUUGUUUUACAUUUUAUAGUCAGUGUGCACUAGUCUUUUGAAUGUUUUCCUUACGCGCUUCUUAAUAACUUAAGUUGAAAAUUUAAUAUCAAUUUUAGAUAUGCUUUGUAUUUUAAAAUGCUUGUGUUAUUUGUUUGGAACUAAAACUAUAUUUAUACAAAAUGCAGCAUUAAGUUUGCUUAGUAUUUAACAUUUAUUAACAGUUGGUUGUCACUGAAUUCUGUGACGGUUUUCCGAUGCUAUACAUACAGUUGUUAUAUAUUUUUGUAUCCAGAUUAAUCGUGGUUACAUUAAAACAUAUCCGAAUAACUAAA